UUCUUAGACGUACACAUUUCACAUUUUGAUCAUCUCUUCCUUUCCUAUUCGAAAUCCUCUUCCAAACAGCUUCGUCUUGUUUGCCAGAACUCUCUCAUCCCCUAAGUCUGUUGUUUUUAGCUGGAUUACCUUACGUGGAUUCAGAUAAUAUUUAACACGGUGGCUAUAUAUUUUGAUUUAUUUUCUAGGAUACCAUGUCCAGUUUUGAGGGUGUACUUGUUUCUGAUCCAUGGCUACAGAGUCAGUUCACCCAAGUCCAGCUACGCACCCUCAAAUCCAAGUAUGUAUCAGUGCGAACGCAGUCUGGUCGGGUUACAGUGGGAGAUAUGCCAGCCCUGUUCUCCAGACUUAAGGCCUUUAUCGAUGUCUUCAGUGAGAAUGAUAUCAGUGCUAUGCUUCAAGAAUCAACUUCGAACAUGGAUGAAGAGAUUGAUUUCGAAUCAUUCCUUAGGGCAUAUCUAAACUUGCAUGGACGUGCAUCGAUAAAAUCAAAAUCAUCAGGAAAAAAAUUGGCAGGUUCAUCCUCAUUCCUCAAGGCCUCCACAACAACUUUCCACCACAAUAUUAAUGAAUCUGAGAAGAACUCUUAUGUUCAACACAUUAAUAAGCACCUAGGAGAGGAUAAGUUCUUGAAGGACUACCUCCCCAUUGAUCCCUCAACGAAUGCCUUGUUUGAUCUAAUAAAAGAUGGUGUCCUCCUAUGUAAGCUAAUCAAUGUGGCUGUCCCUAACACGAUAGACGAGCGAGCUAUCAAUACUAAAAAGUCUCUUAAUCCAUGGGAGAGAAAUGAAAAUCAUACAUUAUGCCUUAAUUCGGCUAAGGCUAUUGGAUGUACUGUUGUCAAUAUCGGUACUCAGGAUCUCGUUGAAUCUAGACCUCAUUUGGUGCUUGGAUUGAUUUCCCAAAUCGUUAAGAUUCAACUAUUGGCUGAUGUGAAUCUUAAGAAUACCCCAGAACUUGUUGAAUUGAUUGACGACAAUGAGGAAGUGGAAGAGCUUAGGAACUUAGCUCCCGAGAAAGUUCUAUUAAAAUGGAUGAACUUCCAUCUAAAAAAGGCUGGAUAUACUAAGCAAGUUACAAACUUUUCUUCAGAUGUGAAGGAUGGAGAGGCUUAUGCUUACCUCCUUACGGCUCUUGCACCAGAGCUCAGUACCCCAGAUUCCUUACAAGAUAUGGACCCCAAAGAGAGGGCAAAUAUGGUUAUUGAACAAGCAGAAAAAUUAGAGUGUAGCAAAUACCUCACUCCCUCAGACAUUGUUGAAGGAUCAGCUAAUCUCAAUCUUGCAUUCGUUGCAGAAAUUUUCCAACAUAGAAAUGGAUUGACUGCUACCGACACCACAAAAGUGUCAUAUGCCGAGAUGAUGGAGGAUGAUGAUCAAACUUCUCGAGAAGAGAGAUGCUUCCGGUUAUGGAUCAACAGUCUUGGGAUUCCUACACAUUGCAACAAUGUCUUUGAGGAUGUUAGAAAUGGAUGGAUUCUUUUGGAAGUACUCGACAAAGUCUCUCCUGGAUCAGUUAACUGGAAGUUGGCUACUAAGCCUCCCAUAAAGAUGCCGUUUAGAAAAGUUGAAAACUGUAACCAAGUCAUACAAAUUGGAAAGGACAUGCAUUUCUCACUUGUGAAUGUAGCUGGGAAUGACAUUGUUCAAGGAAACAAGAAGCUUAUUAUAGCAUAUUUAUGGCAGCUUAUGAGGUUCAGUAUGCUUCAACUGUUGAGAAACUUGAGAUCUCACUCUAGUGAAGGUAAAGAGAUAACCGACGCAGACAUUCUUCAAUGGGCGAAUGAAAAAGUGAAGAAGUCUGGUAAAACAUCUCAAAUGGAAAGCUUUAAGGAUAAGAACCUUGCUACUGGGGUUUUCUUCCUAGAGCUUCUCAGUGCAGUGGAGCCUAGGGUGGUCAAUUGGGAAGUCUGUAGAGCUGGAGAAACUGAUGAGGAUAAGAAGAUGAAUGCGACAUAUAUAAUUAGUGUUGCUAGGAAGCUUGGAUGUUCCAUCUUCUUAUUACCUGAGGACAUAAUGGAGGUAAACCAGAAGAUGAUCUUAAUACUGACUGCAAGCAUAAUGUAUUGGAGCCUGCAUCGAAAGCAUGGAGGGGGUUACCAUGCCUAUGCUGCUCCUACAACCGCACCAGAAGAGCAUGCAGAAGAAGUUGCAGAUGAAGAUGUUGCAACAGAUGAAACUGAAGAAACCUCUUAAUAGCACUUUAAAAAAAAAGGUUCACCCUGGAGUUCUACUUCAAUUGCUAUUUCUUUCUUCUUUUCACAUAAAUAUUACUUCAAUUUACAACAUUUUUUGAUGUUAUACAUUUUUAUUCGUCUCUUUUCCUUCUAUAGUGUUAUAUUUUCUCAAGACCACUAGAAAGAGAAAAAGGUUUUGUAAUGUUGUAGUAAAAGAUGAGAUGAUUCUAUCUAGGAAUGAAUGAUUCACCAUUCAAUAGCCUAAAUUCUUUAUCAAUAACAAAGUCUAUAUUGUAUUUCUAGUUAUGGUUAUUUGCACCGUUUUACACUUUCUCAUUGAAUUAC